AUGGCCCUCGCUCCGAGGACGGCGUCGCUCUUCCUCAUCGACUGCAGCGCGUCGAUGAACCACGUGCGCGACUUUGAGGUCGGCUAUGGCGAGCACAAGACUGUUCGCAGGCGGUCUGGGCUCGAUGUCGCGAAGGAGUAUGUCAAGGCCAAGAUUGUCCAGAGGAUCAUGCGCGACCUCAAGACCACCCCGUUCGGCGUCAUCCUCUUCGGCCACCCAAAGACCAAGAACAUCCUCACGACCCGCGCGAAGGAGCAGGCCGCCGAGCGCGACGAGAAGUUCGACCGCUCGAGCGACCCGUACAGGCAUUGCUACGAGCUGCUGCCGCUCACAGCGACGAUUGACCGGACGCUGCUCGAUCGGGUUGACGAGGCGGUUGCGGGUGAAGGGCCGGACGGAGACGCUUUCACCUCCGUCAUCCUCGGGAUCGAAACCCUCGACGCUCAACCCUCGUUCGCCAAAUACGCGACCAAGGAGAUCUUCGUCUUGACGGAUGGCGAGUCGCAGAUCGACUGGGACGGCAUGUCGUCGGCUGCCAAGCAGAUGAACGCGAAGGGAAUGAGCUUGACUGUCAUCGGCAUGGAUUUUGACGACGAAGAGAUCGGCUUCGUCGAGGCGAACAAGUCGGACGUCAAGCGCGAGAACGAGUCGCAAUUCCAGCAGCUCGUCGAGCGACUCGAGGCGACCUCGGCGGUCGUCAACGCGCGCCAAGCGCUUGAGGUCAUCGCAACGCCGCAGGUCAAGGCCGUCAACUCGCGCGCAGACCGCAUGCGGCUCAGCUUCGGCAACCCGGAGACGCACCCCGAUACGGCGCUCGUCAUGUGGGUCGACGUCAAGAAGGCGAUUGUUCCAGCCGCGCCGCCGUCGAUGAAGAAGAUGAGCAUGCGUGGGUUCGAGAAUGCGAGAACACAGGCGGCGCAGCAGAGUCAGAGCCAGAGCCAGCGUGGCGUGAAGCGGGGAGCAGAUGGGGCCGAGGAGGACGAGGACGACCUUGACGAGAUCAAGCGCAAGGCUCGCUUCGCCGACAAGCAGACUCGCGAGCACCAGGCACAGCUCAACGCCGGACAGGGCAUCGAGCUCGGCAAGAUUGGCGUCUUGUUCGACCGGGAGUUGCAGAACGAGGGACUCGCUGUUGGCGACGAGGAGGACGCCGACCUCGCCUCUCAUGCAGUCGAGAUGGACCGCCGCUUCUUCUAUCGCCCAAUCGAGCGAGCCAACAAUUCGAGCCAGGUGCGCGUGCACAAGAAGCCGAGGCAGGGAGGUGAGACGGAUGAGGAGGACGAUGACGAUGCGAGGCAGGAGGAGGAAGAAGGUUGGCAGGAAGCCGAUGCGGGUGCUCUCGUCGAGGCGUACCACUACGGCGGCUCGCUCAUUCCCGUGGGCGACCUCGAGGACGAUAUCGGCACCCUGUCGGGCUUGGAGACGGGCAUGGAGAUACUCCGCUUCCUCAAGCAGAGCGAUAUCCGAUACGAGCAGAGGAUGGGCGACGCGUUCUAUGUCUACGCCACGCCAGGAGAACUGGGUUCUGAGCGGAUUUUCUCGGCGCUGUGCAACGGUAUGGACGAGAAGGGAUGCGCCGCCCUCGUCCGCUUCGUCAAGAAGGGCUUCAACCGCAACGGCAAAUUCAGGGUGCCCGACCCAAUGCUCGGCAUUCUCUUCCCGCGCAUCGACGAGCAAGAGCGGGAGUACUGCUACUGGGUCCGCUUUCCCUUCGCCGAAGACAUCCGCUCCCUCCCGUUCCCGUCGCUUGAGCGCAUCUUCAACAAGAAACACGCUCGCAAGAUGGAGCACAAGCUCCUGCCGACUGAGGAGAUGGACGAGGCGAUGGAGGAGUUCGUCGACGCGAUGGAUAUCUCUCAGGCGGGCGAGCCAGACGAGGAAGGCAACCCCACCGGUUUCUUCACUACGGAGGACUCGUUCUCGCCCGCAAUCCAUAACGUACAGAACACGCUCGUCUUCCGCCUCUCAAACCCCGAUGCCGACCUCCCGCCCGUCCCGCCAAUCCUCACAAAGUACAUGGACCCGCCAUCCGCCGUCGCAGCCAAGGCUACGCCGGUUGCCGACAAGGUCAGGCGCGUCUUCGACAUUCAAAUUGUCCCUCCGAAGCCGACCAAGAUCAACAAACGCACUGUCAACUACGCUCAACCCGGCGACGACGACCGCAUCGAUCUCGACGUCGUCUUUGGCAACUCGCAAGCGGCAGCGAAGGUCAAGGAGACGGAGGCGCCGGCCGCUCCUCUCGUCAAGCCCGAGUCGGUCGAUGGCAAGAAGGGCGACGACGAGGACGAGGACAUUGUGAUUGUCGACGCGGCCGAUGCACGGGACACGACGGCCGAUGCGCGCGACACGAAUGCCGAGCAGGACGAGGAGGAGGAGGAAGAGCCAGCGACCGAGGACGAGGAGCCGGCGACGGAAGACGAGGACGAAGACGCGCCGACUCCGGCCGCAACGGCGAAGAAGCCGACGCCUUCGACUCAGGCGAUACAGGCUGCUGUGGCCGAGGCUCGUCGCUUUGUCGAAACCAGCUUCUCGUGGGGCGGCUACAAGGACGCGAGUAAAAAGUUGAAAGAGGCGCGAGAGAUGGCUCACCAGUUGCGCGCCGAGUCGACGUACAACGAAAGCCUGCGCUCGCUCGUCUCGGCAAUCCAGAAGCAGCCGAAGAAGCAUGACUACCUGCCGAGGAUCAAGCAGGACGGGCUCGGCUUACUCGUCGGAGGAGGCACGUCUGCCGCAGAGGCGAAGCAGUUCGAGGCGGAACUCGACGCGUGA